AUGGCGAUUAAGUUAGUCGUUGGGGGGUUCACUUUGAACAUUAUUAGUGCUUACGCACUGCACGCGGGCUUGGGUGUAGAGGACAAGGUGAGAUUUUGGGAGGACUUAGAUGAGUUGGUGAGAGGUAUUCCGGAUACCGAGAAGCUAUUCAUAGGAGGAGAUUUUGAUGGUCACAUCGGCUCAAAUUUGGGGAGGUAUGACAAUGUGCAUGGUGGUUUUGGUUUCGGGAACAGGAACAAAGCAGGAGUCUCGCUGUUGGAUUUCGCGAGCGCUUUUGGGUUGGUCAUAGCGAAUUCUAGUUUCCUGAAGGAGGAGUACUUGGUAACUUUCCGUAAUGCGGUGGCAAGGACCCGGAUAGACUAUUUGCUCCUUAGGAAGGAUGAUAAAGGUGUUUGUAAGGACUGUGAGGUUAUCUCGAGUGAGAGUUUUACGACCCAGCAUAAGCUGUUGGUGAUGGAUUUGGAGACUAAGAGGAAGAAGAGGGUUGCGGAUCGACCAAGGAUCAAAUGGGGUAACUUGACUAUGGCCAGUGCCACAAGAUGGGGAAGAAGUUAA